AUGACUUCCGACAGCAAAGUAUCUGUGGCAUUUGUUUGCCUUGGCAACAUUUGUCGUUCGCCAAUGGCAGAAGCCGUGUUCAAGUUUAAGGUGGAACAAUUGGGAUAUGCCGACAAAUUCGACCUCAUUGACUCUUUUGGCACCAGUGGCUGGCACAUUGGAGAAAGUCCUGAUCAUAGAUCAGCCAGCACGUGCAGAAAACAUGGUGUUCCCGUCAACCAUCAGGCCCAGCAGAUCACAUCUAAACAUUUCGCAAGAUUUGACUAUGUGAUUGGCAUGGAUGAUUCCAACAAGGGAGAUCUCUUGCAUAUGAAGCCUAGAGGCAGUAAGACUAGAGUGGCUAUGUUUGGAGAGUGGAAAACAGACUCCAAGUUCAACACGGUGGUGCUGGAUCCGUACUAUGGAGGUAGACUGGGGUUCGAAACGAAUUUUGAGCAGAUCAGGCACUUCAGUGAGGAGUUUUUGAAGCAGGAGAUCGGACCAUUGGACUAA